AUGAAUCUGCUACACAUAUUGCUCCUCGUCGUGCUUGAACAAUUUACUGGACAGGCAUUUGCCCAGAUCGACUUAGGAACCGCUGCUCGUUUCGGUAUCGUCGCCAGCUCCGCGAUUACAAACACAGGAAAUACCGUCAUCACAGGCAGUCUUGGUCUGUCUCCAAAUACAAAGGACUCCAUAACCGGCUUUCCACCGGGUCUGUCAGGUGUUGUUUACGCUGGAGAUGAAGUUGCCGAUCAAGCACGCCGGGACGCUCGCACAGCAUACAGCAGCGCAGGCUCACUGGCACCGACGUCUCAGAUAGCUGCGGCAGACCUUGGUGGUCAGACUUUGGUGGCUGGAAUUUACACCUCUCCUUCAGCAGUCGGCCUCACAGGGACGCUCACAUUAGACGGUCAAAACGAUCCAAACUCGCUAUUUGUCUUUCAAAUCGGUUCCACCCUUAGAACAGCUUCAUCAGCAUCUGUUGUUCUCAUCAAUGGUGCCCGAGCUUGUAAUGUGUACUUCCAGGUCGGAUCGUCAGCUACUCUGGGUAGCUCGACCAGAUUCAACGGCAACAUCCUCGCUCUCACAUCGAUUUCUCUCCUCGACAACGUUAGAGUCAACGGUGGACUAUUCGCACUCAAUGGUGCAGUCACACUGAUCAACGAUCGAAUCGUGUCUCAACAA